GGCAGCGUAAUAAUCUGUCAGCGCGCUGCCCCCGGUUUGAUUUCUCGCUUCAAGUCUCGCUUCUCAGCCACAACCCAAAAUUGGCUACACUGCUAGUAGUGGAGAAGGUGUCUAGACACGCUGGUCUUGAGAGAAGCAGUUGAAUAGCGACACUCAGCAAGAGAUCCCAAUCCUCUUGCGCCAGGAUCAAGGUGCUGUGACUGCCAUCCCCUGUUCCAGCGAGCAACCCUGAAGUCUACUGAAAGAAGAGGAGAAUAAGUCACUGCCCGCGGGGCGAGGAGCAACGGUCCGAUAUUUAUUAUUCAAGUCCCUACGCUUCACUUCUUGGAUGGUCCAGUUAAGUAGGCUACUGCACGUCUCUUCUGCCGUCUCGAGGUCUUCUCGAUCAUUGGGCCACGUUUUGGGCCGCCAUCCACAACCUUUUCGAAUUAAUUCCCUGCUUCGUCCUUCCACAGUCUACCGACUGCACCUCUCUCGGAUCGCCGCCAUAACGUCUUCGUCACUGGGGGGAAAGCGGUGAAGAAUGAGGCGGCGAAUCCUAUACCUUCUAGUGCUUUGCACCCUUCUUGCGUUUGUCGCAGCCUGGACGAAGGAGGACUACGAGAUCUUCAAGUUGAAAGAUGAGGUAGAAGAAUCCGAAGGAGAGGGGGUGAACUUUUACGAUUUCUUGGGGGUGAAGCCUUCCGCGACGGUAGAAGACAUUGGCAAAGCCUUUCGCAAAAAGUCCCGCGCUCUCCAUCCCGACAAGGCCAAGCAUUCCUUCAUCGCCUCGCGGUCGACACCGAAGCCCAAGAAGCCUGGCGAGAAGAGGAAGACUGGUGUACAUGUCUCCAAAGGCCCUUCCGAGCGGGAAAUACAGCGCUUCCUGAAGCAAGCAGGGGAAAGAUACAGCCGGUUGGGUGUGGUAGCCAACAUCUUGAAAGGUCCACAACGAGAAAGAUAUGACUUCUUCUUACAUCAUGGUUUCCCAACAUGGCGAGGGACGGGCUACUACUACUCAAGAUACAGACCUGGCUUUGGCACGGUCCUGGUCGGCCUAUUUUUGGUGUUCGGCGGAGGAGCCCAUUACCUGGCGUUGAUUACAUCGUAUAAAAGACAACGAGAAUUCAUGGAGAGGUAUAUCAAGCAUGCAAGAAAGACUGCCUGGGGUGAUGAGUCUGGUAUCAGUGGCAUCGCCGGGCUUGGUGGAACUGUUGAUGUGCCUCCGGUGACCGAGGAACCUGAUCCAAUGGCCAACUUGAACCGGCGGCAAAAGAGAGAGUUGGAACGACAAAACAAAAAGGACAAAUCGAGCAAGACCAAAUCAGCAAAGGCGGCUCCCGUUCAAGUGUCCUCGCCGUCCGGCGACAAGAAGCGCGUGGUUGCGGAGAACGGAAAAGUGCUGGUUGUGGACUCGGUGGGUAACGUGUUUCUGGAAGAAGAGGACGAAGAGGGAAAUGUGCAAGAGUUCCUUUUGGAUUUGGACGAAAUACCACGGCCGACAAUCUGGGACACAGCAGUCGUACGCCUACCGUCAUGGCUUUAUCACAAAGCCUUCGACCGAUUUCUCAAGAAGUCAGGGCCUGCGCCGGUCGAUGUUGCCUCCGUCGAAAGUGACAGAGAGCCCAGCACAUCUUCAAUCGCUGCUACUGAAGAGAAAGCGGCGUCUUCAGAGGGUAACUCAAGCCAGGAACAAGACUCUGGAUUUGAGAUCGUCGACUCAUCAGGAAUUGAGCAAGAGAUUGCUAAAGCGUCUGCUGUGGCCGGCAUGAAGAAAAGGGGCAAGAAGGGGAAGAAAUGAACUACAAUAGAACCAGGAGGAGGCCCUCCGUCUGAGCCUACAUGCAUAUGACUUGGGCCGUCUACCAAGUUAACGUGGCCUAGAUCCGACAGAAUAAGCUUUGAAUCAAGGAGUUAAACAGCUACACUCGCAUCUUUUACUCUCAAAUCCCAAAAAGUGUAACUGG